ACGAUUGACUGUAUUUUUUUUCCAUUUUUUGACGGUUGACGGUUAUUAAGUGGACAUUUCGUCCACGAAUUUAAGUAGAUCUGACUCCUGUAUAAAUUAAUUGGAACUGUUGUGUUUUGGAUCGAAUUGGAUGUUGUCUUGGCCUUUCACUUAUAAAAUUUUGAAAUAUUUACAGAUAUAAGCAAGUUGCAAGGUCUUCCACUGUCUAGAAAAAGUUUUUUUGAGAAGUGAAGAUCAGCUGAAAUAGUGAGAUUUGCAAUACCUUGAAUCUUUUAUACGGUUAAUAUUACCUGCAGUUUUGACGGUUGACGGUAAAAAAUAGCCUUUUUGACGGCUGACGGUUCUGACGGUUGAAUUUUAGGCCGUUUGACGGCUGACGUUUAACCCCACGAACACCUUCAGUUAAGGAAGCAACUUACCUUUGGAAAAGAUAGCCUGAAAAAUUCUGGGAUGUCGGGAUUCAAACCCUGACCUCUGUGACGUAUUAAGAAAUGGUCUAUUGUACCGACCUGAAUUUGCUAAUUAACGUUAAAACAAUUAAUAGUCCCUUGGUUCCAGGUGACACCUGCCCAGUCCAAAAAAAAAGCUGAAUUGAAUAAUCGGAAGCCUUGGGCGUGACAAACUUGCGAACGGGGGGUGGGGAGUUCUACAUUGCGUUGUAAAGAAUGAAAUUUCAAUGGGGAACUGGCCGGAGAAGUUGAACUUCGUCAAAUUUAGUCCGGAGCAGAGAGCAGUGCUGAGUGUUUUACUUGAUUUGUUUUUGCUUCAGUUUCCUAAUCACACAUUUAUACCGGUGCAGCGCUCUAAUCAAUUGAGCUAGCAAGCCAGCUGAGAGCUGGUCACUAAUUGUUGGUAAUAUACCUGGGGAAGAUGAAGACGAAAUAAUGAAUAUAUGAAUUUCAUAUACUUGAACCGCGGAAUUAAAAAAACAAAUGAAGAGAACGUGAUCAUUGCAGUCAAAGACGCGACUUUGCGAAAAGAAAGCCUGAAAAAUUUAGGCUUUGCCGGGAUUUAACUGGAGCUUGUCAUUUUUUGUGAAGUGAAAUAGAGAAACAGUUUGCAGUCACAUUAAGUGAUCGUCUACAUCCACCUUUAACAGAUUUUUUUAAUGUCAUUAGCUCUUCUUAGAUUAAAGAUUGACUGUGAGGCCAUUUCUGCACCUGGUCUGCAACAAGGAGCUACGGUGGUGAUAGGGCAGCCACAGGAAUCUCAAGGAGUGAUCAAGGAAAGUGCAGUUGCAUCGGUCACCUCAAGUCAGUCACAAGUGUCAAACACAACUGCUUCCCUGAGUGGGAAUGUCGAAAACGGUGUCAUUCCUUCCCCACAACAAAUUCUGAGUUUAAUUGCCUCAAAGUACUUGAACAACCUAAAUCCAUCAACACCGGAAGAUUUCAAUAGUUUUAUACGAUAUAUGAAAGAGGUACGCGAGGUGAUUUUAGUUGAUUGUAAGCCUGGAAGCUUGAUAAUUACUGUAGAGUGCGAUUCUUUGAAGAUUCUUGAAGAACUUUGGCAAGACUAUUGUACAGGUAAUCUUGGUCGAGUGGUGCAGGAAUGCCUAGUAACGGAGGAUAUUCUUAAAGAACUUGGCCUUUCUGAGAUAAAACUGAUCACGACCAUCGACGAAAAAGAUUACAAAGAUUGUCAAAAGUACUUAACAGGGUGUAGGUAUGUACUAUAUGAUACAUCAAUAUAA